AUGAAUCGCAUACGUAGUCUCAUCGCCCGUCCAGCGGCGUAUGAGCGACUGCAGGACUCCGCCGCAGACGACGCCGAUGACACAACAUACACGCAGCGACAGCAGCAGUCUCCCUUCUCACGAUUACAGUAUGGCAUAUUCUUCCUCCUCGGAGUGUCUAUGCUGUGGGCCUGGAACAUGUUCCUUGCCGCGGCACCAUAUUUCUACAGCCGGUUCCAGUCGGACGACUGGACAAGACUGCACUACCAACCGUCGAUUCAGUCCAUGUCAACCGUCACCAACCUCGGAGCCGCCUAUGCCCUAGCAAAGCUACAGAAGAAUGCCUCCUAUCCACAGCGUAUAACGUUUUCGCUGUUGAUGAACUCCAUUGUGUUCACUAUCUUGGCCUUCUCGGCGGUCGUCAUGACCGAUUCCUCGCCGCGGGCGUACUUUGGCUUCCUGAUGGUGAUGGUGUUCGCCGCCAGUCUGGCCACUGGUAUCAACCAGAAUGGCGUCUUUGCGUUCGUCUCCGGGUUCGGGAGAGAGGAAUAUACGCAGGCUAUUAUGGGUGGACAGGGUGUUGCCGGUGUGCUACCCUGCAUUGUUCAGAUCUUCUCUGUGCUGGCUGUGCCGCCGAAGGAGGAUAGCGUUGGCCGAGCCCAAGGUCAAGAUCAAGGCCCCAGCAUGCCUCAGACGAGUGCGUCGACGUCGGCGUUUAUUUACUUCCUUACGUCUACGGGUGUCUCAGUCAUUGCUUUGCUGGCUUUCCUCUAUCUUCUGAGACAACAACCAUCUUCGGGGCAAAAGUUGGCAAGAGAUGAUGAUGAGUCUAUUACGGAUGACCGCGAACAUUCCAAGACUGUCAGCCUCUGGACUUUGUUCGUUAAGCUCCGGUUCCUGGCGUUCGCUGUGUUCGUCUGCUUUUUGGUUUCUAUGGUAUUCCCAGUCUACACGGCGGAAAUCAAGUCCGUCAAUGACCCUGCCAGUUCACGGAUGUACGAUCCUAGUGUCUUUGUUCCCUUGGCGUUUUUGCUCUGGAAUCUGGGUGAUUUGGCAGGGAGAAUGUGUGUGGCUAUUCCAGGAGUGUCCUUGGGAAAGCAUCCUCAGAUGGCUGCCAUUGUGGCCAUUGCCCGUGUUAUCUUUAUUCCCAUGUACCAGCUCUGCAACGUCAACGGCCAAGGAGCUGCCGUCAAGAGUGACGUUUUCUAUUUCCUUGUACAGUUCUUCUUUGGUGCAACCAAUGGGUACCUGGGGACAAGCUGUAUGAUGGGCGCUAGUCACUGGGUUGUUGCCGAUGAAAGGCCGGCUGCUGGUGGAUUUAUGAGCCUUGUUCUUGUCGGUGGAUUGGCUGCUGGGAGCUUGUUGAGUUUCUCUGUUGCCAGUGGUUGA